CCUAAUUGUUGUGAUAAACUUAUUAAAUAGAUGGGUGGCAUAUUUUCCUCUCCGAGUGAUGGUGUAUUCGAUCAGCCAGAUAGCGAGCUUUUUGAUGACUUCUUCUAUUUCGGUGGAAUCAAAUUUUCUUCGGAGCAAAUCAAGCUAGAUCAAACACAAUCAGAUGGCGGAAACAACACCCGACGUGUUGAUGCCAAACUUGACUCAAGGCUGCUAUUCGGGUCUAGAAGGGAUAUGAUGCAUCUCGGAAAGAACCAAGCAUUUCCGUUCAAUGGGCAUCUACCUAAUGGAAAAGAGCCUCUGACAACAUUGCGUGCCUCAAUUAUUGUUAACAAGGACUCAUUGAAAAUUAAUAAAGAAGUGAACGAUGGAUUUGCAAUGCAGACAUACUUCAGCGGACCUCAGGAACAAGAGUUAAAUCAGUACAUUUUCAGUUGCAGUUUUGUUACAGAUGUUCCAGGUAGAGCAACCUUGUAUCAAAGAGCCACUGAAGUGUUCAUGGACGGCAAGCUAUGCUUCAAUGGAGAGAUAUUACACGAGAUGAAGUUUGAAAAGCCAACAGACGGUGCUCCGGUGGAUUUUGAAGCCUUAGUACCUAUUGAUCACGAAGGUCUGGUCAAAGAAUGGGAAAAGUACAGCGAGGGUAAGAAAGAUGGUAAAAAUAAAAAUACACCGACGCCCCUGGUGCUACACCUGGAAGCUGACGAGAAUCAUCAUCCUGGACAUUCACACACGGCCUUCAUGAGCCUGGAUCAGAGUGGCAGUCAGUAUUCUGUCAAACUGGAGAAGCUCUACCAGUGCAGCAACGGAGUAGUGUAUUUGAUGCAGGAGAUAUAUAAUGCCAUUGCAGAAACAACUGAACAUAGUGGAGACGGAGAGAGAGGAUUGGCAGAGGAGGAUGCAAUUGCCUCCCGUGCGAAGUCCCCCAGUUUGGACUGCACAAUGUGCUUGGAGGAACCAAUGGAUUCGGUGCUUCUGCCAUGUAGACAUUUGACUUGCUGCUCCAUUUGUGCGAUGAAGAUGAAACUGAAUGACAGUUCGUGUCCGAUUUGCAGGAUGCCUUUCCAGUUGGUGCUCCAGAUAUUCUUCCUGAAGACAGAGUCAGAGUGUUCUAUAGAGGAGAAAGAGGCGGCCGCGAGUCUAGAACACGCUCUUUCUAAACAAGAUAGGCAAAGGGACAAUACGUACGGAAACCAAGCAGAAUCUGGCAGGGUACCACAAGGCAUGCUUCGUCUCCCAAUAGGAAUAGUCAUAUGUCCACCUGGGAAGAGUUCGCCUGAAGCAACUGCAGGUAUCGAUGGGCGUUCAAAAUCAAGGUCAAAUAUCUCAAGGCGUGGCUACGAUACUCAGUGGUCUGAAAACUCAGCAGCUUCCAUUACCAUUGAUAAACCGGAAAAUAUACUGCUACCAUAUAAACCAGCCGAUAACACUGAAGAGAAGGAUCAACUUCGCAAUGAAAACAUUCAAUGCUAUCCAGCUAUCGUUGCCCAUAACUCGAGAGUGCAGGAGGACUAUCAAGAAACGGUCACCCCUCUGCUGCAGACGAAACAAAACGCCGCGAAUUCGGGGGAUCAUUCAGCUGGCGCGUUGAAGCCUGAGAGCUUUGAGUUAGCAUUGCGAACUACUAACCAUGACCAGCAGACUAAUUUUCAAUCCAUGGGAGGUAAAAAGACACCAGCCCAGACUGCCUCUGAUUACGUCAACUGGGGAUCCCUAAACUCGACGGACCGAGCGUCCAGCAGACCUACGACAAGAGAUAAAAUUACCGGAGCAAGUGGCUGCAUAAAUUCCGAGAACCCACCGCCGGUGCCUGCCCGGGAUCCUAACAUGCAAGGCGCACAUCACAAGUUCACAUCGGUGGAAGAAUCAGGGCUAGACAGAUGAACUGCGUCCAACUUUUUCUCUCCAAACAAAUGAACUCUGUGAACCUUUUUUGUGUUGAUAGAUUGAAAAACUGACAUGAAAUACAAAUGCUAGUGUUUUGCGUUAAAUUGCUCAAAAGUAUGACGCUGUUUUGUUUACUGAUUAUAUUCGGUUUUUCUUUAUUACAAUGCUUAUUUCAUUUUUAAAGUCAAUGAAACAAUCGACAGGUAAGAAUAGCGAGCUAGAUUUUCCUUCAAACUUUUGGAGGUGAAGUUUUUGAUUGAAGUUUCGAUUUGUUUUUGCUUAACAUUUUUGAAACCUAAGUCCUUCUGUUUGGUAAAAAAAAGUAUGCCUUA